AUCCACAGAGUUCUAGAGUCAGCAUCUAUCGUCUCUCGAACUUUCUCGAGACCGAUCCAUCCGGCUCGCUUCCCCUUGGUGGCAAAUCUUCUCUUGUAUAAAACCUGAGGGCCUCCUUUAUUUCCACAACUCCGAUCGUUUAGUCUUGCUUCUUCAGAUCAUAUCAGCUAGCUCUGAUAUUUUAGUCUCCAGUUUCAAUGGCUCUCAGAAGGGUAACCGGCGCAGCUCCUGCUUUUUUCUCCGGGCUUCUCAAUGGCCGUCUAUCCGUUGUCCGCUGCACGCCCUUAGCUUUGCGCUGCUUCAAUACCAAUGCACAGCUCUCCAACUAUAAUGAGGAUGAUCGAAGCGUUGACAUUGACCGCCGUUCUGAUUCCACUGCCGCUCGCCGCCGUGAUUCUGCUCCCAGCUUUUUCUCAGCAGAAGCGCUCGAUCCAUUUGCUCCACCUAGGAGCUUGUCGCAGAUGCUGAACCUUAUGGAUCAAUUCAUGGACAAUCCAUUUCUGGCGGCGUCUCGCGGCGUUGGAGCAGGACCAAGGAGAGGGUGGGAUGUGAAGGAGGAUGAGAAUGCUCUGUUCUUACGAAUGGAUAUGCCUGGGCUUGGCAAAGAAGACGUCAAGAUUUCGGUGGAGCAGAACACGCUGGUUGUGAAAGGUGAGGGAGCGAAAGAAUGGGACGAUGAGGAGGACGGAGCUAGGAGGUACUCCAGCCGACUUGAUAUUCCGCCCAAGUUAUACAAGAUGGACUCUAUCAAAGCUGAAAUGAAUAAUGGAGUGCUCAAGAUCAAGAUUCCGAAGGUUAAGGAAGAAGAACGAGAGGACGUUUUCCAGGUUAAGAUAGAGUAACCCUCUCGCAACGCACAAUUCACCAAAUCUUGAGUCAUAGUUUUGGAGACAGUCUUUUCUAUUUGAUGUUCUUGUGUCUCGAGUUUUGUGUUUUACCUGUCUUAGGCGUGCUAUCGCCGUGUAAGCCAUCGACGCUAGGUUCCUUUGAGUGAACAAGUAUGUCAAAACUGCACUAUUUAAAGUAGACGACGUUGUAAA